GUGCAAAAAUAUUACGAAAAAUUCAAAGACAAUAACUAUGAUAUUCAAGAUGGUAAUUUUUGCCUCAGAUCUGAAAUUAUAGAUUUAGACACAGCCAAAAAAUUAAUCACAUGGAUAAGCAGAAUAGAAUAUUAUAAUUGUUGGUACAAUUUUGAACUUUUAUUUAAUAUGAAGUGUGAUGGUUUAAAUUCAGAAACCUUUCAUAAAAACUGUGAUGGAAAAGGGCCCACAAUAGUAAUUAUUAAAUUACUUGAUGGUGAUUUAAUAGGUGGUUAUAAUCCAUUAGAUUGGGAAGGUGAAAAUGUUUGGAAAAAAACUAGUGAUAGUUUUCUAUUUAAAAAACACCAUUGUAACUAUAAAAAAGUAAACAUUAAACCAGGAUCCGAAGGAAUGGCCAUUUGUUGUAGAACUGCAAACGGUCUGUCAUUUGAAAGAACCGAUUUGUGUAUUCAGAAUGGUUCAGAUUUUUGUAUAGUUAUAGAUUCACAUUAUGAAAGUUUAAAUAUGUCAGGAAGAUUCCAGAUGGUAUCUUACGAGGUUUUAAGGGUUAUCAAACAAAGAUAA